AUGCUUCUUAGGAGCUCAUCAACGCCAAUACUGAACUCGUGGAUCCCUCCACACUCAAAAGAACCAUCACCAGAACCCGAAUCUUUACCCCAAAUCCCCAAAUCCCGUUCCAUUUCGUUAACAUCAUCUUCUAGUCCGUUUUCUCCCAUUUCUUCACAGGAUCAUGAUUCUAUUAAAAGUAUGACUAGAGCCUUUUCCGAGACUGAUUUAAGGGACCUUGCAGUGCCAAAGAGAAAACUCAGUAACGGAAUCUUCAAUGGAAUCACCGUUGAGGAGGAAGUUGGAGAAGAAGUGGAGAAAAAGGUGUCCUUUAUGGAGAGCGGUUUGUUUCUUGGAGGGUGUGAGGUUGGAGAGAAGGGUGAGGGUUGUAAUGAUAUGUUAGGGGUUUUGGUGACAGGUGGUGGUAGUGGUGGUGGUAGAGGGAAGUUUUGUGGUGGUGGUGGGUCGGGUUUUGGUGAUGAUGAAGGAUCCGGGUUUUGGGAGUCUAAUAAGGGGAUUGAGAGUACUGAUGUUUAUUAUCAGAAGAUGAUUGAAGCUAAUCCUGGGAAUCCUCUUCUUCUUAGUAAUUAUGCAAAGUUCUUGAAAGAGGUCCGUGCAGAUUUUGUAAAAGCUGAAGAGUACUGUGGGAGAGCGAUUUUAGCAAACCCAAAUGAUGCAGAUGUUCUUUCAAUGUAUGCUGAUUUGAUAUGGCAGAGUCACAAGGAUGCUUCUCGUGCCGAAUCUUAUUACGAUCAAGCUGUUAAAGCUGCCCCUGAUGAUUGUUACGUGAUGGCAUCCUAUGCUCGGUUUCUUUGGGAUGCUGAAGAAGAAGAAGAGGAUGAGGAAGCGGGGGAACAGGGAGAAAAUCUGAGCGAAUUGUCACCGCCAACAUUUUUCCAUGGAUCCAAGCCUCCUCUCCCUCCUUUAGCCGCUGCUUCUUGA